CUAUGGUGACCGCGCUGCGGCCUACUUGCGCGCCAUGAGCCUGAGCCUCGCGUUCGGUCGUUUACGGAGAGCGGCGGCCGCGGUCCCCCGGCUUCUAGGGGUGACCUCGGGCCGAGGUUCGUCCUCAAGCCGUGGAUUCGUUGCUCGUCCGGGCGGCGGCGGCCGGCUGUGGUCCCCGGAGACAGGCCUUGCACAGGCCGCCGCCAGCCACUAUCAGUUGGUGUACACCUGCAAGGUAUGCCACGCAAGAUCAAUGAAGAAGAUUUCCAAACUGGCUUAUCACAAUGGAGUGGUCAUUGUGAAGUGUCCUGGGUGUAGCAAUCACCACAUCAUAGCAGACAAUCUGGGAUGGUUUUCUGACCUUGAUGGGAAAAAAAAUAUCGAAGAAAUAUUGGCUGCAAAGGGUGAGAAGGUUCAACGUGCGGUUGUCGAUGGUGCACUGGAAAUCACCGCAAAUAGAAUCGACAGUGAGGAACCUGAGGGGGACCAUUCUAACAAAGCCCUGGACUCUGGAGAUCAACCAAAAUCCUAAUUCAAUCUUCUGGAACAUUGAAGUGAAGAGGAACAGUCAUGGUGAUUCUGCUGUGAGCAGGCCAUAUUCCUUUGGUUUAGAGGGGGCAAGGCCAGUUUCACCUCAUGAUAAUAUCAUACAAAUAAAAUGCAAUAACUAUAGUUAAUUUCUGCCAUUGCAGUCUAUGCACAUCUCAGUUAUUGCAGCCAAGCCAGAGAAAUGUCUUUUCAAAUGCAUUGAGAAGUAUUUUUAAAUUCCAGACAUCUGUUACAGAAGUCAGUUAACAGCAGGUCAUUGGGCAAUAAAGUCUGCAGUUUUUGAAAUUCCUCAGCAAGCAGCCAAUUUUUUGACAGAAGAAAGAAUUGAACCAUAUCAUCGAGAGGUUGACUUGGUUGUGGUCAUUACCUCAGUCCAAUGAUUUAACUGUUUCUAAAACAAGGAAUUUCAAAGUUAUACCAUUCUCAACAGCAACAACAGCUACCAUCUAUACAGCCCUUUGAAUAUAGGAAAACAUCCCUCUGUGUUUCACAGGAGCAGUAUCAGUGCUGAUCCAUGGGGAGAUAUUAGGACAGGCAGCAAAAGACUUUAUCAAUGGGAUGUCUAUUUUCUCAGAUAGAUAUGUGGAGAGUUACCGAAAAAUUAUUCAAAUCAGUGAGAGGCUAAGGAACAGAAUUAAAGUACAAACAUCUUGGAGAGAAGUGAUUAUAGACUGAAAGAAGGGCGAGAACAUAGAGAAGUUUGACCACAUGGCUGAUUAAGUCCACAUCUGAUUGCCUGUGAUUACUGCGGAGAGUUAGAAUAAAUGAUUGCGUGAGAUACAGA